UACUGCACGUUGUUACAAGAAAGUUUAAUGUUUACAUUUUAUUUUUGAGUUAUGUGUCAGUUUUUGUAUACCGCUAAUAUACAUCACUAAGCUGAUUGUGUUCAGCAUUUAUUUGUCUUCAAUUUGACAUGCAGCAAUCGAAAUGUUUUUAUCGAUGUUCUGUAUUUUUCAACUUUCUUCACACUGUCCCCCGAUUGUUUACAUUUUUUGUUAACAAAUAGGACUGUGUAUCUGACGGAUAGACCAUCGUUCUAAGUUGGAAAAUCGCUGCUUAAUUCGACCAUUAUAAAAAAUCAACAACCAGGUAUAGAGUACGAACAUUUUACAAGAAUUUAAUUUAAUUUUCCCGUUAAUAAUUGUGUUUCGCGCCGUAAAAUCGGAAGUCGGCCCACCGUUUGACGUUUUGAUCGGAGACCUCCGAAAGUUUAUCCUUAAAGUCGGGAUCAUGUCCAGAAAAAGUGCACGACUGCAAAGUCGGUCGAAACAACUUGAACCCGAGACAGUUACACGACCAAUCAUAUGCAGAAAACGAAAGGCAAUGGAGGACGAUGACUUAGAGAUUGAAGUUGCCAAACGAAGACAACAAUUCAAAAUACAAAAUCAAUGGAUACCAAUAUCUGAAGACUCAUCGGUGACGUCGUGUUCCAUCAUCCCAAACAAACCGUCGUGUACCGUGACGGAAAAACAGCAGACAUCUACGACAGAAUUCCCCAUUGGAGCCAAGUUCCGAUUUCAAAACUUUUUCACGAAUGUCACCUCGCGGUUAUCUCCGUUGCCCCGGUUCAGCUGGGCGGACUCUAAGGAGGUGUGGCAGCUAAUGCUGAAGAAGGAGGUGAUGUACGUGCGAGACUCCAGCAUGUUCGUCAGACACCCCGCACUGCAGGCCCGCAUGAGGGCUAUUCUAUUGGACUGGCUCACCGAAGUGUGCGAGGUCUACAGGUUACACAGAGAAUCUUUCUUUCUUGCUAUCGACUUCAUAGACCGGUACCUUUCCAAGAAGAGCAACGUUCUGAAACACCAUCUACAGCUGAUUGGAAUAUCGGCUUUAUUUAUUGCUGCUAAAUUAGAGGAAAUCUACCCCCCAAAACUUCAGGAUUUCGCAUAUGUCACUGAUGGUGCAUGUACGGAAGAAGAGAUUUUGGAUCAGGAAUUGAUAAUGCUCAAGGUGUUGAACUGGGACCUGGCACCGAUGACUGUCAACGCCUGGCUAUCCGUCUACCUCCAGGUGGCCAACAUGGAACAGAUGACGGAAUCUGAACAUGGCUUUGUGUUCCCACAAUUCUCAGCACAUUCUUUUAUUCAAAUAACGAGGCUGCUAGAUGUGUGUAUGUACGACAUCGGCUGUUUGAAGUUUUCAUACAGUGUUCUAGCGGCAUCUGCACUCUACCACAUGUCAUCUAAAGACAUCGCACUGGCUGUGUCAGGUUUCUUUUGGCAAGACAUUCUGCCAUGUGUACAAUGGAUGUCACCAUUCGCCAUAACGAUAAGAGAAACAGGUCCCAUAGAGGUGAAGUUUUUCCCCACUGUUCCGUCAGAAGACAGUCACAACAUUCAAACACACUGCGUCGACCUACAGCUGCUGGAAAAGGCUCAAAACCGACAAGAGGAAGUGAUGAAUGCCUCGCGUCGCAGCCCCGACAUCACAGCUCAAGUGAUAACCAUGCUGACACCGCCUUGCAGUGACGAGAAGCCUUCACAGACACAACAUUUCCACAUAGAAGAUGAAAUUGCCUGAACUCUACUUUAUUCACACACACAAUAUUCCCACAUACAUGAUGAAAUAAUCCUCUGAACCUGUUUGCAUUCACAUUUCCGCUUCUCAGAUAUACUUCGCAUAAUACACAUUGGCUGGUAGUCGCUGGAUUGAGUUAACUGGCUUUCCAUCAAACGAAAUCAACUCGAUUGGCUGUUGCCAUGAACUACAUAAAAUUGAUUGUCUUUUGCCAUGGACUACAUUACAAUGAUUGACUGUUCGUCAUGGAUUCUAUGAAGAUGGUUGGCUUUGAACCCUUGUUGGUGAUCAUUGUCCACAUGGAACAGUCUGCAUAGCUUGUAGACGAUGGUUCCACAGAUUCGUCUUUAUAAGCAUGCGUGGACUGUGAAAGAAUGGAAAAAGAACUGUUUUGGAAUCAACUGACAACACUUGAAUAAUACUUGAUAUUCCAGUCAGUGUCAUUGGAUAGCGAGCAGUCUGAUUUUCCUUUAAUGUUGCCAGCUUACCACAGAGUUAGUUUAUUAUUGUUAUAUGACAUUCCAAGAGGCGAAUGAAACAACAUUGAGAAAAACGUUACAGGCUGACAUAUUUGUUUACCCUCACAUUGCUGAAUAGAAACUGGUGUUUUACAAAUUGAACCUUAAUGAACGCAAACUGGUGUUUGUUUACAGAUUGAACCUCAAUGAAUGCAAACUGGUGGGUUUGUUUACAGAUUGAACCUCAAUGAAUGCAAACUGGUGGGUUUGUUUACAGAUUGAACCUCAAUGAAUGCAAACUGGUGGGUUUGUUUAUAAACUGAACCUCAAUGAAUGCAAACUGGUGGGUUUUGUGUUCGUUAACCUUGUGAAUGCCAUUUUGUGCAAUAUGACAAGUGGACGAAAGCUAGUCAAACAGCAAAAAAAAAAAAUGUUACUGCCAUUGGAAGAUGAUAUUUCUGCAAUUCCACCAUGUCCAUCUAGCAUGUGUUUUACUUAAAUGCCUACGCACACAGAAACUGAAAUAAUGUUACGGUGAUGAACAUUGCAUUGGUGUCAAGAUGGCAAGGUUAAAAAUGUAUAUGGAAACAUUUUUCUAAGACUGAAAUGUUUAAUUUAUCAGGUGACAUUUUCUUAAUGAACUGUUUGUGAAUGAAAUCAUAGUGUAUGUUUAGUUAUGAAUUGUAAUGAGCACAAAUAUAUAUAUAUAUAUAAUUUGUGGAACAUAACAACUUUAAUAGUGCUCAACAACUACUUGGGAUAGUAUUGUCCCACAACAAGAUCUGUUUAGUUAAACAGUCUUCAGUUGAAGAUAAUUUUAUUAUAUUACAUAGGGAAGUAUUAUCUUGAAAACAAGAUCUGUUUUGUAAAACUGUCUUCAUUUGAAGAUAAAUUUUAUUACUCUUGUUUGAGUCUGUAGGUCUGUUUCAUAAUUCACUGCCAUCUUAUACUUUCUCAUAGUUUAUUAUUAUUAUUUUUAUGAAGCAGAGUAGCAGAGAUUUAACUUUAAACAUUUUAAUUUAUUUUUGUAUUUGUAUUAUUUAAUAUUGUGACUUGGUACACAAGUUGCAAAAAAUAUUUAUGUAAGAGUGUUAUAUAAAUUUAAUUUCCCGUAUAAUAUCUGGAUAUGUACAUAAUCAUUUCAUCCAUGUAUUAAUAUUAUUAUUAUUGCGAUGAGGAAAAAUACACAUUUAUUCUUUUUAAUAUUUUGAUCUCAUACUUUUAACAAACCUGCACAUGGUGUAAUUUAUAUUUAAUUUUUAAAAUCUUAAGUAUAAUUACACAUUACUUUGAGACAAAUAAGAGCACAGGUUUUUAAAACUUUCAUUCAUCAUUUAGGAUUCCAAUUUGUGAUGUCAGUGUUAAUAAGACAAAUAGCACAUCCGCUUUCGUACUGUGGUAUUUGUACUGCAAGUAAUUUAUUUCUGAGCCGAUUGUUUUCUAAAUUGUACACGAAAAGUGAGGGUUUUGUUUGUGGGAGGGUGUUUUUUUUAAAGUUUUUUUUUUUUUUUUUUUUUUUUUU